AUGUCAAGAAGAAAUUCCAAUACCUCUAAGAAGGCCACUUAUCAAUGCUUGUUAUGCGAACGGUUGAUCACAUCGUGGGCCGGCACAGGACCGACUCGAAUUCGACCGCUUCUCUAUCACUUGGAAGCACACAUGGAUGCACUUUGUUUCUCUUGUAACGCAUGUGGAUACGCGAAGAAACAUUAUCAGCAAGUCACUACACACAUCAACAGGAAGCACGAUGGUUGUGCUAAAUGUGUGAAUAACAGAACCGAGCAAGAAUGGACAGAUCUCUUCAUCAUGGGCAGAAAAGCAUUCCCGGAUGUGAUUGAUCUGCUCAACGAGACUGAGCUGAAAGAAAAACUGAAGAGAAGGAAGAGUGGCGAACAAGGAGAGAUGAGUUUGAUGCACGAUUCUGUCAAUUCUCAAGAGCCGCUUAACGAUAUGAACAAGAUUGAGCAGAUUCAUCUGGUUGCUCGUCGUUCACCGACUCCUGCAGUCAAUAGAGACCAGAUAGCCUCAACACCAACCGACAACGUUCUCAACUCGACUAUGGACUUUUCGCAAGACAGCGUCGCUUCAGCGCUUCUUCAAGAUUGCCCAACACUCGUCAUUGGCAAUAAUUCUGCAACAAUUCACAAGAACGAAGUUGAAGAUCAACCAAAUGUAUCACCGGCUCCAGUGCAAAAUACUUUGAGUACUUCUUCGACUUCGUCACAUCAUCAAUCUAAACAGGCUCCUUCCACUCCUGCUCAAAGCUUCACCGUUGAGAUAAGUGAACAAGAUAUCAAAAUGUUUUGCUUGCCAACCAAAAAAGGUGACGACUCAGAAAAGAAGGCUUUGCGCGAGAAAGUUCGUUCUCUCGAGGCUCAACUCAAAACAAGUAACUUCGAAACGGAAAAAUCAAAAGAUGAUUAUAAAAAGCUGGUCAUGUUGUUGGGAUUUUGUCAAAUAAGGAAGCAUUUUUAUCAAAGAGAGACGCAGAGACUCGAACAAGAGCUUGAAAUCUACAGAAAAUCAUCAAAAAACGAUGAAGGGAUUACCAAAUUGGAU